GGGCAGCCUGCUAUCAUACUAUCGUCUAUGAAGGCGGUUAACGAUCUGCUGGAGUCGAGAGGUCACAUCUACUCGGACAGACCGCCCGCGGUCAUGGCUGGCGAGCUAGUCGGCUGGGCGCGCGGCUUGGGAUACACGAACGGACCGCCGAACCCUCGCUUCCGCGAGUUCAGAAAGCUCUUCCACCAGUUCAUGGGCCCGCGGGCGUGUGUGACACCUGAGUUCGCGGGCAUGCAGGAGAGGGAGACUCUGAGGCUGCUGCAAAAACUACUCGACAGCCCGAAGGACUUCUAUGACCAUUGCCGCACGUCCACCUCGUCGACAAUCCUACUUAUGUCCUAUGGGUAUUCCACUGCGAGCGAUGAUCCGCUGCAGUUGGUGAAGAUAGCGGAAGAUGCGAUGGACGGGUUCUCGAGGGCGUCGGAGCCUGGGUGGUUGGUCGAUAGCGUGCCGAUUCUCAAGUAUGUCCCGGCGUGGUUUCCUGGAGCAUCAUUCCAGCGCGCCGCCCGUGCGAUGAGGCGCGAGCUGGACCGCCUGUACGACGUCCCUCUGGCUUUUGUGAAGGGCGAGAUGGCGAGAGGCACAGCGAAGCCGUCUUUCCUGUCGAGCAAUCUCGAGACCAAGGGCGAGCAAGGGGCGUCUGAGCAGGAGGACCUGCUCAAAGCCGCUGCUGGAUCGCUAUACUCCGGUGGUGCAGAAACGACCCCUUCGGCCCUCACAUCUUUCAUCCUCGCCAUGGUCCUCCACCCUGAGAUCCAAUCACGAGCGCAAGCAGAAGUCGACGCCGUAUGCCUCGCUCACGGACGAAUGCCUCAAGUAGCAGAUCGAAGCUCCCUGCCAUACGUCAACGCUAUCGUCAAGGAGGUCUGGCGCUGGAAUCCCAGCGUUCCCUUGGGGCUGCCGCACAUGGCGAACGCAGACGACGUGUAUAGGGGGUGGAGGGUGGAGAAGGGGACGGUGGUGUGGGCGAACAUAUGGUCCAUCUUGCACGACGAGACGGUCUCCCCUGACCCUUUCGCAUUCCGACCUGAGCGAUACCUAGGUAAAGACCCGACGCUUCAGUCGGCAGCAGAGGAUCCGAACGAGGUUGUGCAAGUGGCCUUCGGUGUUGGGCGCAGAAUUUGCCCAGGCAUGUACCUCGGCGACCAGGCCGUCUUCAUCGCUAUUUGCAACAUCCUCUUCGCCUUCGACAUCGGGAAAGCGAAAGACGAGGCGGGUAAUAUCAUCACACCCGUGGUGGAGUAUGGGGGUUUCAUAAGCCAUCCCAGGCCUUUCCGAUGCAGUAUCCGCCCCCGAAGCGGGCCUGCGCAAGAGAUCGUGCAACACGCUCUGGAGGAACUGAGAGCAGGCGAUGGCCUGGGAGCGUAAGACGGGAUCGAACAUGUGCACUAGACAGAGGCGAACAAAUCACAAGCGUUGUCUCAUUCUCCUUCUCUUCUCCCUCCUU